AUGUUUAAAUGCGAACAGUGCCCGUUGGUUUUCACCCGUAAAGAUAAUUUAGUCAGACAUGGGAAAACUCAUACCGGUAUUCGUUUUCCAUGUACUAUAUGUCAGUCAACAUUUACAUACAAAACCAGUCUCACCAAACAUUUGAAAAAUGCUCAUGGCAUCGCUCCGUCUUAUAGCCAGCCUGCAUCUCAACCAGUACGACAGAGUGUCAUACAGUUCGCGCCUCGCAUUGCUCCACAGAUCCAGAUUACCCCUCAAAUUUCCGUUCCCGAUGGCUCAGCCGGUAGAUCAAAUAUGUUAACCGAAGACGAGAUGUGUAUGCAAGCCAUGGACGAAUUUGAGAAUAAAGAUUCUUAUACUACGGGCGUUAACGGGAAACGUGUUUCGACCGCCAACACCACCUCGGCUGCUAGGACUUUCUACGUGGGCUAA